GCUCUCGGCACGCUUUGCAAGGGCUGGCCUAGCGAGCGCGCCAGGCCCGGCUGGAGCGAGCCCCGGUGCAAUACUGCCCGAGCCCGGGCGGGGUCUCUGUUCUCUGGCAGAGGCGGUCCCUUGGCAGCGGGAAGCUCCCUCUCUUUCUCUCGCCGCCGCUCCGAGUCUGCGCCCUGGUGCCAGGCGCCCAGCUCGGCGCUCCCCUGUGCUCGCCGGGCGCCCACUCAUUCGCAGCCCAGCCUUCGCCGCCGCCGCUGCCGCCGCCACCACCACCACCGCCUCCCUGCUCCUCCUCCUCCUCCUCCUUUCCCCCAGCCCGUCGCGGCCAUGGCGGACAGCGCCAGCGAGAGCGACACGGACGGGGCGGGGGGCAACAGCAGCAGCUCGGCCGCCAUGCAGUCGUCCUGCUCGUCGACCUCGGGCGGCGGCGGCGGCGGCGGCCCCGGGGGAGGAGGCGGCGGUGGGAAGUCGGGGGGCAUUGUCAUCUCGCCGUUCCGCCUGGAGGAGCUCACCAACCGCCUGGCCUCGCUGCAGCAGGAGAACAAGGUGCUGAAGAUCGAGCUGGAGACCUAUAAACUCAAGUGCAAAGCGCUGCAGGAGGAGAACCGCGACCUGCGCAAAGCCAGCGUGACCAUCCAAGCCAGGGCUGAGCAGGAGGAAGAAUUCAUCAGUAACACGUUAUUCAAGAAAAUCCAGGCUUUACAGAAGGAGAAAGAAACGUUGGCUGUCAAUUAUGAAAAGGAAGAAGAGUUUCUCACUAAUGAGCUCUCCAGAAAAUUGAUGCAGUUGCAGCAUGAGAAAGCUGAACUGGAGCAGCAUCUUGAGCAGGAGCAAGAAUUUCAGGUCAACAAACUGAUGAAGAAAAUCAAAAAACUGGAGAAUGAUACCAUUUCCAAGCAACUUACGUUAGAGCAGUUGAGACGGGAGAAGAUAGACCUUGAAAAUACCUUGGAACAAGAGCAAGAAGCACUGGUUAAUCGUCUCUGGAAAAGGAUGGAUAAACUUGAAGCUGAAAAGCGAAUCCUGCAGGAGAAACUAGACCAGCCCGUCUCUGCUCCCCCAUCGCCUAGAGAUAUCUCCAUGGAAAUUGAUUCUCCGGAAAACAUGAUGCGCCAUAUCAGGUUUUUAAAGAACGAAGUGGAGCGGCUCAAGAAGCAGCUGAGAGCUGCCCAGUUACAGCAUUCAGAGAAGAUGGCGCAGUAUCUGGAGGAGGAACGCCACAUGAGGGAAGAAAACUUGAGGCUGCAGAGGAAGCUGCAGAGGGAAAUGGAGCGAAGAGAGGCUCUGUGUCGACAGCUGUCCGAGAGUGAGUCCAGCCUGGAGAUGGACGAUGAAAGGUAUUUUAACGAGAUGUCUGCCCAAGGAUUAAGACCUCGCACUGUGUCCAGCCCAAUCCCUUACACUCCUUCUCCAAGUUCAAGCAGGCCUAUAUCACCUGGUCUGUCAUAUGCAAGUCACACAGUUGGCUUCACCCCUCCAACUUCACUGACGAGAGCCGGAAUGUCUUACUACAAUUCCCCGGGGCUUCACGUGCAGCACAUGGGAACAUCCCAUGGUAUCACAAGGCCUUCACCGAGGAGAAGCAACAGUCCUGACAAAUUCAAACGGCCCACGCCGCCUCCGUCUCCCAACACACAGACCCCAGUCCAGCCGCCUCCACCCCCACCACCGCCCCCCAUGCAGCCCUCGGUCCCCUCGGCAGGCAGCUCGCAGCCCACCCCUUCGCAACAUUCGGUGCACCCCUCCUCCCAGCCUUAAUGCAUGUGCUUAGUCUGAAUUCCAAGUUGGGACUCGUCCAAUGGAGCCGUCUACUCCACGCCAAAGGCUUCCUUCCCUGGCAUAUUUGGAUCUGACUUCUUUGCACUGAGGUUAUCUAGGCUUCACUAUCCAUUGUGCUGUAAGUGUCGGUCGGAAACGCAGCCAGUGUUGUGGGUCUACAACACUAACCAGACGACUUUUCCCAUCAGUGUUUUACUUGAAUCUACGCGUUCGUCCAUUCCCUGGCUGGAACAUUUGCUAUUCGGUAUUUGGUAAUUCAGCAGCAGUGUGCAAUUUUGGCUUGGCCCCAGAGCUUCAUUCUCCUGGCUUUUAGGUUUGUAAAAUAAUAAUAAUAAAAAGGGAUAUCUUUUUUAUAAUUUUUUCCAUGAAUUUGCAGGAAAUUACUGAGCUGUUACUCUUCCCCCCGUCAUAACGGUGUUGAUCAAACAAAACCAAGAAUUCAGCACUACAGACAGACUUUUGAAAAUCUAGCUUUCAGUGGAGAGUGGAAAGUUAGAUGAAUCAGUGCCCAAAAGCUAUACUCUUUAAUAGAGCUUUCUACAGAUACACUCUUUACAGGUUAUUUUCAGUAUAAAUCAACAUCCUCAUGUCUUGUAAAACAGGUAGCCUAAAGUGAUGACUGUGACCGUUCAUGAGAUGGGUAAUUACUGUAUAUUAAGGUGUGGCUCUUUUAUCAAUGUUAAUCUACCUGAACCAACCUCGUCUAACAUGAGUCGAUAAAUGUUGUCUCACCCACCAGUGGUUUUGAUGGCUGAUUAGAAUGUGCUCUUUGAUCUCUGCUGCAGAAGGCAAUGUGAUUGUAACAGAUACAGUGUGAUUUCCCCUUCCGUUCUUUGUUUUUUGUUUCCCUAAAAUAGAGUUUGAACAAAUAUUUUAAAGGUGCAAAAUACUAUUAGAAAAUACUAUUGGAAACAGACCUUGUAGGAGUAUUAUGGCAUCGUGGCCACCAAACACUGUAUUGCUUGGCAGAAAGGAAGUGUAGAGGAAAGUAGCACAUUAGCAUUGACGACUGCUUAUCUCACCCAGUAUGAGCAAGUGCAGUGUACAAAGAAGUAUAUUCUGAAUACAUUAUUUCCAUUCAUUUAGCACAAAUAAAUCAUUUGGUUUCACUUUGAGGUGGAA